CUUCAUUUAAUCUACGAUAACUGAUUUUAUAUUUAGAAUGUAGGUCAGGUAGCACAGCUUAAAAAGAUCGUAGAUAAAUUUCCACUUGCUCUGUUCUCAACAGUGAUCGAGGACUAAAGAAGUAUGGCAUUUUUGAUGAAUAUCCUUAAGUUGGUUUGCAUUUUAUAUUCCUGUAAUCAGCUAUGCGAAGCUCUCAAAGAUACAAAAGGAAGUGCAUUUUCUCUCGCUUUCUUUCCUGAAUUCACCGAUGCUCCAACAAAUGACCUUCGAAACAUUCUGUACUUCUCAUCCCCACUUGGAGGUGCUUGUACUGUGAACUACAAUGACGGCACAAGACGUCAGACUAGUGUGAAUAUUGUCGCCAACGAUGUAGUUAAACUGGCGCUAUCUGACGCCACACAACUACCAGCUGGAACAAGAAUAGAACCAAAGGCCAUUUAUGUGAACUGCACAGCAGCAAUUGCUCUUUAUGGACACAAUAAGUACAGGAGCGGUGUGGAUACAUCAGACACAUUCACAGUUCUUCCUGAUGAUACGUUGUCCACGGAUUAUUUUGUUGCAAGUGUCCAGAAGACUGCAAAUCUUGGCGUUGUGGCCACUCAAGACAACACUGACGUUUCCGUGGCUCUUAACGCAACAUGUCAAUAUGUGUUGAACAGUGUCCGAUACACAGAUGGAGACACUGUUAAUGUCACACUGGGCUAUGGAGACGUGUUUCAGAUAGGUUUGGUAUCGUCUGUAAGCUCUGAUAAGUGUGACUUAGGGGGAACCCGAAUCCAUUCUAAUCAUCAAGUCGCAGUGUUUUCGGGGGCUUUGUUUCUUGAGUCCCCUUCCAUUAAUGCAUAUCUUUCUGCACAACAUCUGGUUAGUCAAGUUCCCCCAGAAAGCGCAUUCACAAAAACUCAAAUUAUUCCCAAAGUUGGAGACAAGUGACCUUGGGGGAAUGACGUUUCGCGUAUUGGCAAAGUACGACAAUACAAUCGUGAAUGUAAC